AUGAAGCCAAACGAACACACACCAUUGGCUCGAUCUAAAAUUGAACUUAUCAAAUAUAUCUGUCAUCAACUAAAUCCAUUUACCUAUGCUGUUAGUACGUUUUUGAGACCAGCUUUAGAAGAGUGUCAAACAACGUUGAACAAUGAUCCCGUAAAUACACUCAAUCUACUGAUUAAAUUGUCUCAAACAUUUGUUCGAACGGCACCUGAACCAGAAUUGAUCCAUGAUGAUAUUAAAAGAUUUGCUGUUGACUUACGAUCUAUAAUUGAAAAAUGUAUGAUUGGUGUCGAUCUCAAUCAAAUUAAGCAUCCACCAAAUGGCAUAGAAGGAAUUAUUAAGGAUUUACAAAGCCUUAUAGAAACAGCAGUUUCGACAAAUUUGGAACGAAUUAACCUCCUACCAACAGAAAAUUCAAUUCAACUUUCUUCAUAUACAAAUAAUCAUUCACCCAAUUCAAAUCGUUAUUCAUCGUCAGUCUCGCCAACAAUACACGAACAACAACAAACGUUAUUCGCAACAGUUAAUGAAACAUCCACAAUACCAUCUUUUUCCAAUCGUCAUGAAAUUACCCAACUAAUAUCAAACCGUCACUCUAACGGCUCAUUUGGUUCCACUAAUUUACAAUUUCAACAAUCAUCAUCUCCACAACCGUUACAAGCCACAAAUUGUGUUCAAGAUGAAACACUAUCGUCUUGUAUUCAACACACAUUACCAAGUAUCGCUCAACAACAACAACAACAAUCAGACAAUCACAAUUUAGCAUCAUUAAUUAAAAAUUUAUCAAUCACUCCGACAUCCAAUUUUUUGAUUAAUCGUGAAGAAACUUCUGUGUCAUAUUUGAAUAAACUUGAAGUUAAUGAUACAGCUCGAAAAUCCACGGUCUCAAUUGCCUCAUUUCCACCUCGAUCAUUAUCCUCAUUAGCAGAAAAUACAUAUACAAAUGCACCAUCAUCACUAAAAGCAGGAGUAGUAACGACAAUAAAUGGCGAUGGCUAUCAUCUUUCAUCACUGUUAAAAUCAACAGAAACUCCUGCACAUCUUCAAGAUAUUAGCGAGGAUAAUCACGAAAAAAAUUUGAUUAAUUUAGCACAAAAACAAAAGUUAUUAGCAAUGGAUACAACGUAUGUUAGUCAAGAACCAUCGACAACAUUAACAGUUUCGGAACGAACGGAAGAUUCUGAGGAAGAUAUCAAUGAUUAUGAACAGGAAGAAAAAGAUUUUGUUGAACAAACUGAAUCAAAACAAUAUUACGUGCGUCCUUCAUUUAAUAAUCCACAAUUGGCUGCUACUUUAUUCGUUCCAUGUAAACAGUCUAUGUCAGUAAUAGACGAAGAAUCUAUACAAAAUCAAUCAUUAGCAAAAAAUGAAAUUAUUAAAAGGCAUAUUACAGAUGAUUAUAUAAGAGAAUGGAGUAUUCAAAGAGAACGUCCGGCAUUACAAGCAAAUUGUUUUAUGACAUACAAUAAUCAACAAAAUUCACUAGAACUACGUCGUGGUCAACCAAAAGGAAGUUUAAAUAGUUACGAUCAAAUUCAAAAUAAUUGUCUUCCAAUUGGUGUGUCAUUAACAAACGAUGAUUCAACAUUAUUAUCAUGUGAUGUACAUGUCAAUUCAAAUUGUGUACGAUUGUACAAUGUUCAAAAUGGCCACUUGACGCACAGUAUAUCAAGUACACGUGAAAUGAAAUUGAAUCGUCCAAGUGCUGCUCUGAUGAAUUUACGUGAUCAGAUUGUUAUAAAAGAACGUAAUCAUAUCUAUAUUGUUGAUUCUGAUUGUGAAACUCUUAUAAAAACGAUCUAUGAUCGAAGUUUAAUGAAAAAUUUAUAUGGUGUUUGUUUAUAUGAAAAUAAAUAUUUAUUAACAAUUGAUCAACAACGUGCAGAAAAUGGUCGCGUUUUGAUGAUUGAUCAAGAUACAGCACAAAUUGUUCAUUCAUUUGAUUUUUCACCAAUUAUUUUAGAAGAUGAAAAUUUAAUUCGACGAAAAUAUAAUCAUGAAAUUUUAAAUGGACGAAUAUUACCGCCACAAGCGAGCAAAUUAAGAUUUCUUGCCGUUAAAAAUGAUAGAAUUUACAUAAGUGAUUUAGGUCGAAGUUUAAUUUAUGUAACAAAUAUUCAUGGUCAAAUAUUAGAUCAUCAGUUUACGUUCGGUGGUAUUGGUAAUCAACCGGGUGAAUGUUGCGAUCCAGCCGGUUUAGUUAUUGAUACUGGUGGAAAUAUCAUUAAUGCAGAUAGUAAAAAUGAUCGAAUUCAAAUUUAUUCUCCAAAUGGUGAAUACAAUACCAAACUUCAGUUAAGUGAAGCAAUACGUCGUCCGUCAGAUAUUUGUGUUGAUCGUUCUGGUACUCAAAUAUUUAUAUCUUGUUAUCUAAAAAGUUGUAUCAAAGGAUUCGAUUUAAGAUAUUAA